CUUGCUCUGCAAAUCCACUUCACCAAGACAAAAAACCUUCGUAAUUUCCCAACAAUUUCAUCAACUUGUUUAUAGAUAAAAUGUAACCAUCAUCUUCAACUGUUUUUAUACUAGUAUACAGCCAAUGAUUCCGGACAAGUAACCCCUUUCAUUUCAACAGCCGCCAUUUCUGCAAGCUAAAAUCCGACCCACUAAAAGUCCCUUUCCGUUCAGGCAUUUCAUCAUCCAUGUUAAAUGCAUUAUUUUUCAAUGGAAACAUUUAAGAUUUUGUGAUGGCUGUGAUGGAAAUUCCGGGGGCCGUUAACAUAAUUCGGUACCGGGAGAUCGAUUUGGCUCGAUUGAGUUUGAGAGGCAGUAUGAGGGGUGAGUCGGAAAUUGUGCAAGAAUUGGAGCCCGUAACCACGCCGUCUCCGGCUCUUAGGGAGGAGAUGAUGUACGUGGCUUUGGGGAAAGAUGUGAAGGAGAGUGAGAAGACGCUGAUGUGGGCCUUGCAUAAUUCUAGAGGGAUGAAGAUUUGUGUUCUUCAUAUUCAUCAACCUGCUCAGAAAAUACCAGUGUUGGGUACUAAGGUUGCAAUUGGUAGGUUGCAAGAAAAUCAAGUAAACGCGUAUCAUGAAAAUGAAAGACAAGAUAUGGUUAAGAUUAUUGACAAGUAUAUCCGAGUAUGUGAACGAUCAGGGGUGAGAGCUGAGAAAUUGUGCAAAGAAAUGGACUCUAUUGAGCAAGGCAUAGUCCAGCUCAUAUACGAACAUGAGAUAAAAUGGCUUGUCAUGGGAGCAGCAGCUGAUAAAUCUUAUUCGAGGAAAAUGAAGGAGCCCAAGUCUAAGAAAGCAAUCCAUGUGCGCUUGGAAGCACCUGCUUUCUGCCAGAUUUGGUUCAUAUGCAAAGGAAACCGCAUUUAUACAAGGGAAAGUAAAGUAGAUGGAAUUAACAUAGAGGUAGACUCUCCACCAGUUCAAGCAAGUCCGAAUUCUGAAGCUGUGCAGACCUGGAGAUCACGCUCACUUGCUGAAGGGGAAAGGGGUCAAAUGGAGCUUCAAAGUUCAGCAACUAAUCACCGUAGGUUCAUGUCUGAAAAUAAUGGUAUGCACUUUAGCGGCCCGGGAAGAGGUUCUCCUCAUAGCAAUUUGAAUGAAGAACGUAACUCUGACUGGGACAACCAAUCAAGGAGAACUCCUUCAGUAGGUUCACGCUUUUCUACAUGUUCGUCUAGUGAAAUAAUUGAUGAUUCGAUUUUAAGCCACCUUUCAAGCACUCACAUCCAUGGGGAGUAUCGUUCAGCUUCAGUGACAUCCAGUGCUAUAGAUGGCAAUAUGGAUGAUGAACUUUAUACUAGGCUUGAGCAAUUUGUAGAGGAAGCACAAAGUUCCCGGAAAGAAGCUUAUGAGGAAUCACUCAAGCGUAAGAAAGCUGAAAAAGAUGCCAUUGAUGCUUUUCGCCGAGCCAAAGAAUCUAACGCAAUGCAUGCCGAGGAGCAAAGACACAGAAGAGAAAUCGAAGAAGCACUAUCAAGAGCUAGACAAGAAGCUGAUAAUAUGAAAUGGCAACUCCGUGAGGUCACGGAAGCACUCAGAGUUGCCGAGGAACAGAAGCUUUCCCUAGAGCAUCAAAUUGCGGAUUCCGAUAAGAUGGUGGAGCAGCUGGAACAAAAAAUGUAUGCAGCUGUUGAACUUUUGCAGAGGUACAAAAAGGAAAGAGAUGAAUUACAGGUUGAGAGAGAUAGUGUCCUCAAGGCGGCGGAGGAUCUGAGGAAAAGACAAGCCGAGGAAGCAUCAAGUUCAUCUGUGUCUCAGUUCUUUUCCGAGUUCUCUUUCUUCGAAAUUGAAGAGGCAACAGCACACUUUAGCCAAACCUUGAAGAUCGGUGAAGGGGGUUAUGGGAGUAUAUAUCGAGGGGACCUUCGACAUACUCAAGUCGCUAUAAAAAUGUUGCAUCCAAAUAGCUCGCAAGGACCUUUUGAAUUUCAGCAGGAGGUAAAUAUCCUGAGUAAGCUGAGGCAUCCAAACAUAAUCACCUUGGUAGGAGCUUGCCCGGAAGCUUGGGCCCUCGUUUAUGAGUACCUAUCCAAUGGAAGUCUUGAAGAUCGCCUCGCUUGUAGAAACAAUACACCGCCAUUGCCAUGGAAAACUAGAAUCCGUAUAGCAGCAGAGCUAUGCUCUUCUCUAAUCUUUUUGCAUUCUUGCCGCCCUGAGGGAAUUGUCCAUGGCGAUCUGAAGCCUGCCAAUGUACUGCUUGAUGGAAACUUUGUUUCCAAGCUUAGCGAUUUCGGAAUAUGCCGCAAGCUCCCUCAUGAAGAGUUAUCAGAAAACACGACGCUAUGUUGGAGGACAGAACCAAAGGGGACACUUCUGUACAUGGAUCCGGAAUUCCUCGCAACAGGAGAGCUCACUUCAAAGUCUGACGUGUAUUCCUUUGGAAUUAUAUUAUUGCGGUUGUUAACAGGAAGACCUGCACUGGGGAUAACCAAGGAAGUUCAAUAUGCAUUAGAUAACGGUAACUUGAAAGAUCUACUCGACCCAACAGCUGGCGAUUGGCCAUUCGUGCAAGCAAAACAGUUAGCUCACCUCGCCCUCAGCUGUGCUGACAAGAACCGUGGCUCUCGACCAGAACUUGAUUCUGAGGUGUGGAGGGUGCUCGAACCAAUGAAAAGAUUCUGCGGGGGUUCGUCCAUCCUUAACUCUGAAGAGCAGAGCCAGAUUCCUGCAUACUUCAUCUGUCCUAUCUUUCAGGAAAUCAUGCAAGAUCCUGUGGUUGCAGCCGAUGGGUUUACGUAUGAAUCGGAAGCGUUAAAGGGAUGGCUGGAGAGUGGGCAUGAUACAUCACCCAUGACUAACCUUAAGCUUCCAAACACCGAUCUGGUGCCUAACCACACUCUCCGUUCUGCAAUACAAGAGUGGCUGCACCAAUCUUGAAGCCACUCUCUGUACAUUGUCAUAUUAGCAGCACCUGUUUAUAGGCUUAUUACACACACACACAUACAUUUGUCGUACAGUAGUUUACUACACCUGAUUUGCUCUUUGGAUUUCAGUUUGUGCUUCUCUUUGUAUCGUAUUAGUGGCACCUGUUUAUAACUUUGUAUAGCAGUUUAAACAAUGUUUUGUACUCGGAUUUAUUUUAAGCUCUUGAUUCUUCAAUAAAAUAUUUGCAUUUGUUGCA